UUUCUCAGCGGUAGAAUGGAAGGUGCCAGGGACCCUCGUUCUUCGGGAGGAGGCUGCAAUUCUAACGUUGUCCGCGAAAAACACUUGUUUAAGUCCAAACUGUCAGAGUCCCUUGUUCAGCUGGCGUGUAGUCACCGUUACUGUGCCUUCCCACUGCAUCCAAAUGAGUUAUGCAUCUGGAACGCAGAGACUCCAUUCCAUUUGACAGGACAUCAUUACUCAAUUUCUGCGCUGUCAUUUGGCAGUAAAAUCAAUCCACUUCUUGUCUGCUCUGCUUCUCGUGAUCAUGUGAUAGUGUGGGAUCUUGAUAAAUGCACACAGGAGGCACAAGAAGGGUUAACACCUCGAGGAAUUGUUAUAGGAGCUCUUUUGGGAAUGGUGCUUCAUGUGAGAUUUAGUCCAGAUGAUCAACAAGUAGCAGUAUGUGCUGGAAAUCAGAUCUACAUGUUAAGUGCAAAGGUAUGGGACUAUUCUACUGGCAAGUUAAUGUAUCAGUCAGGGGUAUUAACGGCAUUUCCUUUGCUAAGUCUGCUAAUUGAUGAAGAAAAUAAGCAGAUUAUCACUGGAUGUGCUGAUGGACAGCUUUGGAUCUUCAGCUUAAUCAGAGAUCAUCAUUAUCGUUGCAUAGCACAUAUCAGCUUAAAGAAAGAACAAGAGAAGUUCUGUAAUAAAGUAUGGCAAUCUGGAACAGGCAUAGGUGAAGGGCAAAGUAUUUCACAGCUUUGCACAACCAACCAUGUCAGACUGGGGGGAUCAGUGGAAACAUCUUUGCCUGUCCUCUUAAUUGAACACUGUGACCUUUUAGUGUGUUUCCAUAAUGAUGAAAACAUAUAUUCUACCCUGAAUACUAACUAUUUUUGGAUAGGAAGCUCUACUGGCUUGUUAAUAAUUAAUAUGGCAAACUUUGAAUUGGAAGCCUUUUUGUCUUACAAAGAUUACAGUGACCUCAGCAUUCAGGUUGCUGGAUCAUGUGCUUUAACAAGGAAGUCAGUUAAUGGAAAAGUUUUGUGCUUGAUCACCUCAAUGUUUGAAGAUCUGACUGCUGUGUUGGAAGUUAACCUUGCUGCAUUGGUGAGAACUCAGCAAAGUGAUUUUCUCCUACGUGGAAAUGGCCACAGUCUGUCAGUUAUUGCCAGGUGUUCUGUGUUGGCAAAUUCUCCAUUGUGCAAAGGUCUAAAGAAAAACAUCAAAGAACCUUCUAGUAAAAAUCCUGGAGUGAAAAGCACAGUGAAAGAUCAACCAUUGGUUUUCCAUAGUAAAAUUAAGUCAUCAGGCUACAGAACAGCACCACGAAUGACCAUGUUUUCUCCAAACUUGAAGAAAAAUGAGGAAUCAAAAUCAAAGACUAACUGUAAAUGUAAAAAUAGAGAAUAUCCAAUAGAAAGUUAUCCUCCAAUCAAAUACAAGAAGACUUUAUCUGUUGCUUCUAAACCAACUCCAGUUUUUUGCAUUCAGCAUUCUGGGGAUGGAGAGAAGCUGGCUUGCGGCUUGGCUGACAAAACUGUACUGGUAUUUGAUUCCAAUCUCACUGAUACAUGUAAUGUUUUUUCAGGUCACAAUGGUGCAGUUAACUCUGUUGGUUGGAGUCAUGACAAGAAGUGGUUAGUUUCUGCAUCAGAAGACAGAACUCUAAGGCUGUGGUCAGUGCACAGUAAUGAACCUGCUUUAAUUCUGGGGAAAGAGAAGUUCCAUAAGACCACACGUUUUGCACAGUUCUAUUUUAUAGAUUCAUUUAUAUUGCUGUGUUGUGGAGCUGAAUUUCAUCUGCUGAGUUUCCAUCUAGAUAUCAACAAGGAUGACCUCAAACGGUACAAGCAGAAAAGUGCUUGCAAACUGGUCCAGAAAUUUCCUAUGGCUUCAGCAAUGGAAAUUACCAGCCUUUCUGCUGUAAAUGAUUUCUAUUCCUAUAUUGUGCUUGCAGCUGGAAGCAACCGAACAUUGGAAGUUUUUGACCUCAAUGCAGGCUGCAGCACAGCAGUCAUACCAGAAGUUCAUACUAGAUCAGUCUAUCAGAUCUGCCAAAACAAGGGGUCAUCCUUCAGCACCCAGCAACCUGAAGCUUACAAUCUUUUCAUGACCACAGCCUCAGGUGAUGGCAUCAAACUGUGGGAUUUAAGAACACUGAAGUGUGUACGUCGCUUUGAAGGGCACAGUAACCGCUGCUAUCCAUGCGGAAUCGCAGUGUCUCCUUGUGGACGGUUUAUAGCCAGUGGAUCAGAUGACAAGCAUGCUUACAUAUAUGAAAUGCGUUCAAGCACUUUUCUACACAAACUGGGAGGACACAGAGAUUCUGUCAUCAAUGUGACUUUUAAUCCCUCAUCUCCACAACUCACCACAGCCACCUUGGAUGGCAAACUCCGAUUGUUUAUACCCUGAUAUUUGCCAGCCAGCGGAGCUUUGGCCCUGAUACAGAGGCAAAAAUGACUUGCAGAGAGAAAGAAGACUGGUAACUGGCUGUAGGCAAGCAGCAGAAUAUGCCAUUUUAAAGUAGUUUUCUUCUGACAUUGUUUUCUACAGGUUCUUCCAAAGUCUUUCUAUUGUAUAAUCUUACCUUUAUUGCAAAAAAUAAGGGGAAAGGGUCAAAAAAAAAUAAAGCUCCAUCUGACUUUAACAAAUCACCACAGAAGCUGCUUUCAAAGGACUUCUUGGGUCCUUAUUCAGUAGUGUAUUCUGUAGUGCUUUGCUAGACUGAGACCACUUUACUGUAGAUUGGAAAUGCAGUGAAAAUAACUCUUCCAUUUUUAAAGGUAGAUCUGCCUGUUACUAAAUACUUCAAUUAUUCCAAAAGAGAGAAUUGUAUGUGUGUCUGAAAUGCCUUUGGGGUUACUGCAGUCAGCACAGAUAUUGUUUGAAGGAAGAAUUUUGCUCCUUUACCUUUUUUUCUGCACUCUCCCUCCCUUCUCUCUCUCUGUU